AGCCACCACACCUGGCGAAUUUAGAUUUAAGUGAAAGAAGACAGCAUAAAUCAGUAUCUGUGGGAGGAGACCAUGGUAAAUAGCUCCCUGAUGGCAAGUCAGUUUCACUUCUGCUGUGUAAACGUGGCUUUGUGAUUGUGGCCCAAAGGGCUACGUACCCCAGCUAGUUCCAAAUACCGGAACCAAGGAGAAGCUGCCACCAUCUCCUCUGUGGACUCCUGUAACCAAACCAGGACUUUUUUUUUUUUUUCCUGUUCAGUGACAUCUGGCUGGUUCUCCUAAGCUGAGAAGAGCAGGAGUUCACGUAACAAGGAAUGGCAGAAACAAAGGAUGUUUUUGGCCAGGAACCACAUCCAGUUGAAGAUGAUUUAUAUAAAGAACCAACAAGAAAAAGAAGGAAAUCAGAUCGAGACCAGCGGUUCCGAGCAUUUCCCUCCAUGGAGCAGAGUGCUCUUAAGGAAUAUGAAAAAUUGGAAUCAAGGACCAGAAGGGUUUUGAGCAACACUUAUCAGAAACUUAUUCAGUCUGUCUUCCUGGAUGACAGCAUCCCUAAUGGAGUCAAGUAUCUCAUAAAUAGGCUUCUUGCCUUGAUUGAAAAGCCGACAGUGGACCCAAUCUAUAUUGGAUUAUUUGGAAGCACCGGGGCUGGGAAGAGCUCCCUGAUCAAUGCCAUCAUCCAGCAAGCAAUGUUUCUACCAGUGUCUGGAGAAAGCAUAUGUACUUCCUGCAUUGUACAAGUGAGCUCUGGCUGCUGUGUGCAGUAUGAGGCCAAAAUCCACCUUCUGUCUGACCAGGAGUGGAGGGAGGAGCUGAAGAACCUGACCAAACUCCUGCAUAGGACGGAGGAGCUGGGCAGAGAAGAGGCAGAUGCGUGGAACAGGGAUGAGGCAGUGGAGGAAGCCACCUGGAAGCUACAAAUGAUUUAUGGAAAUGGGGCAGAGAGUAAGAACUAUGAGGAGUUACUGAGGGCGAAGCCCAAAAGGAAGAUCCCCACCUCCAGAGUCAUCACCCUCAAGGCGGAAGAGGCAGAAGAGCUGUCCAUCAAGCUGGACCCCUACAUCCGCACACAGAGGAGAGAUUGGGAUGGAGAGGCUGCUGAGAUGCACAUCUGGCCCUUGAUCAAACAUGUGGAAGUGACACUUCCCAAAUCUGACCUGAUCCCAGAAGGGGUCGUGCUGGUGGACAUCCCAGGCACAGGCGACUUCAACAGCAAGAGGGACGAGAUGUGGAAAAAGACCAUUGACAAGUGCUCAGUGAUCUGGGUGAUCAGCGACAUAGAGCGAGUUUCUGGGGGGCGAGCCUACGAAGACCUUCUGAAUGAGAGCAUCAAAGCCUGCCAGCGGGGCUUCUGUAGGGAAGUGGCCCUGGUGGUCACCAAGACGGACAAACUCCACUUGCCAGAAUACCUAAGGGAAAGAAAGGCGGGAAAUCAAGCUAUUCAGAGUCAGCGAGAGGCUGUUUUAGAAAGAAAUGAAAUGAUAAAACUACAAAGGACUAGAAUUCUCAAGGAAAAACUGAAGAGAAAACUGCCAGCUGACUUCAAGGUUCUGGAAGCCUCAGAUCUGGUGUAUACAGUCAGCGCCCAGGAGUACUGGCAGCAGGCUCUCCUCACCGAGGAGGAAACGGAAAUCCCUAAGUUAAGAGAAUACAUCAGGAAGAGGCUCUUGGACAAGAAGAGGAGGACGGUGACCAAGUAUGUGACUGAAGCCUUUGGCCUGUUGCUCCUCACAGAUAGUUUCAACUCCACACAAAACCUGCCGAAUGAACACUUACACAUGAGUGUCCUGCGGAGAUUUGCGGAAGAGAAGGUUGAGCUGCUGGAGAAGGCCAUCGCACAGUGCUUCGCCUGCAUGGAGCAGCCUCUGCAAGAAGGGGUCAGGACUGCCAGGACUUCUUACUGCUGCAUCCUCAGGUCAUGCUUGGUGAGGAGUAAAGGAAACCAAGGUUUUCAUCAGACCCUGAAAGCUGUUUGCCUGAAAAAUGGCAUCUAUGCCUCCAGGACUCUGGCGAGAAUUGAUCUAAAUGAAGCCCUCACUCAGCCCAUCUAUGACCAGAUCGACCCUGUUUUUGGAAGCAUUUUUAGGACGGGGAAGCCCACUGGUUCAGCUCUGAUGCCUCACAUCGAUGCUUUUAAGCACUCCCUGCAGGAGAAAAUGACAGAAAUUGGGAUAAGAAGUGGCUGGAAAUACGAUAGCUGCAAAAAAAAUUUCCUGAUCCAGGAGAUAAGCGCCAUCCUCGGGGGCCUGGAGGACCACAUCCUCAGAAGGAAGAGGAGGAUCUAUGAGUCCCUCACUGCCUCUGUCCAGAGUGACCUGAAACUGUGUUAUGAAGAGGCAGCUCAGAUCACAGGCAAAAAAGCAUGUUAACGGAUGAAAGAUGCCAUCAGAAGAGGAGUGGACCGGCAGGUGGCUGAGGGCAUGUUUGAAAGGGCCCAGGAAAGGAUGCAGCACCAGUUUCAGCAGCUGAAGACUGGGAUCGUGGAGAAGGUGAAGGGCAGCAUCGCCACAAUGCUGGCGCUUGCUUCAUCCCAGGGGGAUGGCCUCUACAAGGAGCUUGCAGAUGUCAGGAGUGAGUACAAGGACAUGGAGAAGCUGCACAGAAGCCUGAGGGAGGUCGCGGAGAAUGCACGGCUGAGGAAGGGCAUGCAAGAAUUCCUCCUAAGGGCAUCCCCCAGCAAGGCUGGCCCCCCCGGGACAUCACUGUAACUCCUGGGGCUUAGUCCCAAUGGAUGAAAAAUAAGCCCAGAGCCGGAGAAUUAGAAUUACUUUUUUUGUUCUUAAGAGACAGGGUCUACCUCUGUUGCCCAGGCUGGAGUGCAGUGGCACCAUCACAGCUCACUGCAGCCUCGAACUCCUAGGCUCAAGUGAUCCUCCAGCCUCAGCCUCCAGAGCAGCUGGGGCUACAGGUACAGGCCACCACA